GUCAAAGAUUACAAUGUGAAACGUCAAAACAAAUUUUGAGGUCAUGUUUACUUGUAGAAUUUUUAAGUGAAAUGUUACUAUUUAAGAGAAAAAGUAAUUAUUACAAAAUUUUAAAAACUGUAAGAGCCUUAACGGAAUCUCCAAUUUAUUUGCGAAAAAUACACAAUGUAGGAUUAAGUGAUAUUCCCAAAGUAACAAUAACAGAUAUACGAAAAUUAUUGAGACAAAAAGGCUAUGCAGUUCACGAUGGCUUUACCUCACUUACUACAAAAUGCUGCAUUUGUUCUUCCGAUCAAAAAUGCACAGACAACAAAGUGUAUGUUAAUAAAACCACUGGAUAUUUUGUGUGUCCCAAAUGCAAUGUUCAUGGAGACUGGAAUAUUUUGGAAAGGCUGGUGAAAAAAGCAAAAGUUGAGGCAGUGGUUAAAGAUUUUAUAGAAAAAUGUCAAGAAACUUCAGAAAAGUUUGAAAAAGACUGGCAACUAGUAUUAGAUACCACCACUUCAAUAUCAAGGAUUAAUGAAACAGAAUUACAAGAAUUAUUUAGAUUAUUUGAAUUCCCUUUUCAUUCUGAUGCCGGAAAGACCCUAUCAGAUGUGAGGGUGUCCCCUGACCGUACAGUAUUAUAUUUCCCAUUAAAGAAUUCUUUAGAUAAGGUAGUUGGUUACCGCAAGUUACAAGCUGGGAAGGAAGAGGAAACAGAAUGCUAUGGCUUGCAUGAUGCUGGCUUGUUUUCAUGUAAGGCACCAAAAGUGGGACGCACUGAUCAAGCAAUACUUGUGCCAAGUAUACAAGAUGUUAUUAAUUUAGCAGCACAAAAGGUUCCAGGGACACUAAUAUGGUUAAGUAACUGCAGUCUGCCUCCUCUUGUACUACCAACGCUAGAGGCGUACCAAAAGUUAUGUCUCUGGGGUGAUUGGGACAACAUGCGUGCAGUAGCCGAGAAAUUGGGUGAAGAGAGAUGUCGAUUUGUAAGACCUACAGACGGGCUGGUGACUGCAUCGGAGGCGGCGGCGGCGGGCCUGUCGCUCAAGACACUGGUGGCGGAUGCGAAGCCCGCCGCGCACCGAUCCAUUACCACGUUUGCGGCUUUGCGCGACGACGUCUACUCAGAACUCACUAACAUCGAUAAGGUUCGCGGUAUAAAGUGGCGUCGUUUCCCGGCGCUGACGCGGCUGCUGGGCGGGCACCGGCGCGGCGAGCUCACCGUGCUCACCGGGCCCACGGGCUGCGGCAAAACCACGCUCUGCGCAGAAAUAUCGCUCGACCUCGCACAACAGGGGGUUAAAACACUUUGGGGCAGUUUUGAAAUCCGCAACUCCCGGCUCGCGCGCACUAUGCUGCAUCAGUUCGCCGGCGUUCCCCUGGAGCAGCAUCUGGAGGACUUCCCUAAAUACGCAGACGAGUUCCAGAAACUACCCGUCUAUUACCUCGCGUUUCACGGACAACAGCCAAUUAAAGUUGUCAUGGAGGCUGUGGAGCACGCACGCUACAUGCACGACAUAGCGCACGUGGUGGUCGAUAACGUGCAGUUCAUGCUGGGGCUGGGCGAGGAGCGCGACGGCGACCGCUACCACCGCCAGGACGCAGUCAUCGCCGCCUUCCGCACCUUCGCCACCGCCAGGCACUGCCACGUCACACUCGUCAUGCAUCCUAGGAAGGAGCGCGAAUCUGAAGAUCUCUCGACGAGUUCUAUAUUCGGCAGCGCGAAGGCGUCACAAGAAGCCGAUAAUGUACUUAUAAUUCAGGACAAACGCCUUACUGCAGUCCGUGGCAAAAAGUACUUACAAGUUGCAAAAAAUCGCUACAGCGGCGAUCUCGGUAUAGUACCCCUAGAUUUUGACAAAGACUCGCUCAGCUAUCAAACGAAAAAGAAAAAUAAAUCGAAGCAGGACGACCAAGAGAAAUCCGGAGAUUUUCCCGGCGACAGUCAGCCUUACAUAGAAUAUGAUGAACAUUUUUCCAAACACAAAGGACGUUCUGGAACAUUUAAUGAAAAUAAAGUAGUGCAUACAAAGGAUACUGACAGCUAUCUUCGAGAUAUAUUAAAUUUGGAUCCAACGUGAUAUUUCUUUUUCAUAUAAGAUUUACACGUGUAUAUAUAAUUGCAUAAUUUGUAAAAUAAAUAAUCUUUACAUUUGCUA